AUGUCUGACGAAGAAGAAGUGUACACUGAUUCCGAAGAGGAAACUGGAGAUGGAGAUCCCGAAUUCGUUAAGAGGCAAGAAAUGAAAUCCUCAGCCUUAGACGAGCAGCUUAAAGAGUACAUUCAAGAAUGGCGCAAACAACGGUCAAAGGAAGAAGACGACUUAAAGAAGUUGAAGGAAAAACAGGCCAAGCGCAAGGUGAUGAGAGCGGAAGAAGAGAAGAGGAUGGCCGAGAGAAAAAAGCAAGAAGAAGAACGCAGACAAAGAGAAGUGGAAGAAAAGAAACAAAAGGACAUUGAAGAAAAACGUAAACGUCUGGAGGAGGCCGAGAAAAAACGACAAGCUAUGAUGGCUGCCCUCAAGGAACAAACAAAUAAAUCGAAAGGACCCAACUUCACCAUUAGCAAAAAAGAAGGCGCGUUGAGUAUGACAUCUGCCCAACUUGAACGCAACAAGACCAGAGAACAGAUCGAAGAAGAAAAGAAAAUAUCGUUGAGCUUCAGAAUCAAACCGUUGACCAUCGAAGGUUUCUCUGUGCAAAAACUCCAAUUCAAAGCCACUGAACUCUGGGACCAGAUCAUCAAGCUGGAAACAGAAAAGUACGAUUUGGAGGAAAGGCAGAAGAGACAAGAGUACGACUUGAAAGAGUUGAAAGAACGUCAAAAGCAACAGCUCCGCCACAAGGCUCUGAAGAAGGGUCUUGACCCCGAAGCCCUAACCGGCAAAUACCCACCCAAGAUCCAAGUCGCUUCCAAGUACGAGAGGCGAGUGGAUACAAGGUCCUAUGAUGACAAAAAGAAGCUGUUCGAAGGAGGUUAUAUGGAAACCACUAAAGAAUCGAUGGAAAAACAAUGGACAGAAAAGAGUGACCAAUUCGGUGGCCGCGCUAAGGGACGGUUACCGAAAUGGUUCGGCGAACGUCCGGGCAAGAAGAAGGAUGACCCAGACACACCCGAAGAGGAAGAGCUCAAGAAGAACGAGGAAGAUGAAGAACCUUUCGGCUUACCUUCCGACGAAGAAGCUGAGGAAGAAGUCGAAGAGGAAGAAGAGGAGGAGGAAGAAGAGGAAGAAGAGGAAGAAGAGGAGGAAGAGGAAGAAGAAGAGGAAGAGGAAGAGGAAGAGGAAGAAUAA